AUGGAAACCUCACUGCGAAGGUUCGGAGGUGGAAGGAGAUCAGCAGCCAAUGACUACAUUGAUCGUGAAGAUACAAAACACUUUCCUACCCGCCCCGUCGAUCGAGACAAGGCUGAAGCCGAACUGACACUGAACAUCAAAAAAGCCACAUCGCCCGAGGAGAGUGCCCCAAAGCAAAAGCACGUCCGCAAAUGCAUUGUGUACACAUGGGACUAUCAUAGCUCUACCUCGAUAUGGACCGGCCUCCGUGUUCAGCCCAUCCUGAGUGAUGAAGUUCAAACUUUCAAGGCCUUGAUCAUGGUCCACAAAGUCUUACAAGAAGGACACCCAGUCACCCUCCGCGAAGGUCAUCAGCAAGCCGGAUGGCUGGAAACCUGUGCCCGAACCAUCGGCCAUGACGGCAUGCGAGGCUAUGGAGCCUUGAUCCGAGCCUACGUUUCCACUAUUCUGGCCAAACUCAGGUUUCAUCGUCAGCAUGCCGAAUUCAAUGGUCUAUUCGAAUAUGAGGAAUACACUUCGUUGAAAAACAUAGAUGAUCCUAACGAAGGCUAUGAGACCAUCAACGAUCUGAUGAACUUGCAAGAUCAAAUCGAUUCUUUUCAGAAAUUGAUCUUUGCUCAUUUUCGUGGGUCCACUAACAAUGAAUGCCGUAUCAGUGCUCUCGUACCACAAGUCAAAGAAAGCUAUGGUAUAUACCGAUUCAUUACCAGCAUGCUGCGAGCGAUGCAUAGACGGACGGAUGCGAUGGAUGCAUUGCAGCCUCUACGCGAACGGUUUAAUGCUCAGCAUCAAAAUCUUCGACGGUUUUAUUACGAGUGUAGCAAUCUCAAGUAUCUCACCGGCCUGAUUAAUGUUCCCAAGCUGCCGCAGGAACCGCCCAACCUGACCAACAGUGGCGAGGCGCCUGAGCUUCCUCGCCGACCGGCAAAAACACCGGAUAUCAAAGCACCACCCCCCAAGCCUGAAACACCCGCCCCCGAUAUUGCAGAGCAGGCGCGAAUGCUAAAAGAAUACGAGGAAAAGCAGGCUUUAUUACAAGCUGAACGAGACGCCGAAGCUCGAAGGCAACUCGAGCUACAAGCUAAGCAGCAGCGCGACUUUGAGGAAAUGCAGCGGAUGCAAGCUGAACGCGAGCGGAUGGCGCAAGAUGAUUUGAUGAGGCAACAGAUGGCUGGUAUGGCUGCCGGGAGGGUGGCCGAACUCGAGCGAGAAAUUCUUGCGAUGAGGGGCCAAUACGAACGGGACCAAAUGAUGCUCGAACAGUACGACCGACGAGUGAAGACCUUAGAAAGCGAGAUGAUGAUGGUCCAGCAAAACAUCAAUGCCCAGCUGGCGUCGAAGGACGAGAUGAUGAAUUCAUUGCAGGACCAAGUGACUCUGUGGAGGAACAAGUAUGAAGCACUCGCCAAACUGUACUCCCAACUGCGAACAGAGCAUUUGGAUAUGCUGAGCAAAUUCAAGGCCAUGCAACUCAAAGCUAACAGUGCGCAAGAAGCCAUCGACCGCAUGGAGCGAAUGGAGCGGGACAUGAAAUCGAAAAAUCUCGAACUAGCAGACAUGAUACGGGAACGAGAUCGUGCACGCUUCGAUCUUGAUCGUCUCAAAUCGGCCCAGAAGGAUGAGCUGGAACGUCUCAAACGUGACUUGCGUUUUGCCGAGGAAAGGGCCGAAGAUGCUUCUCGUUCUCGCAGCUCUGAAACUUCGAGCGUGAUUUCCAAGUAUAAUCGCCAACUUAAUGAGCUGGAAGACGAUCUUCAAGCUAAACAAGACAGGAUAGCAGAACUACAACGCCUCCUCGACGAAAAGACUUUGGAAGUCUCUCGUAUAGCUGACGAGAAAGAUCAAGAGUUGAUGAUCCUACAAGAAGGGAUGGAUUCAACUAUCCGCCAAAUGAAUGAUAUGACCAUCAACCAGGGCGACACCGACCAAGCUCUGAAUGCUCAGAUCGACAAUCUGAUCUUGGACAACCAGAAGAAGCUGAAUGCGAUUAUUGAUUCGAUUAUCCAUGCGUGUAUCCAACGGGUUGAAGACGCGAUCUAUGAGCUCGAAUCCUCCAUGCACCCCGGCAACGAAACCGCGACGCCCGAGUACACCCUCUCACUGAUUGAGAAAACACAAACAUCCGCCAUGGAAUUUUCGGCUGUCUUUGGCCUACAUCUCGAUGGCGCACCGGGGGGAGAACAUGUGGAGGUGAUCAAGACUGCGAAUAGCCUGGCGACGUGCAUCGCCGAGGUCUUGGUGAACACCAAGGGGAUCACUCGGUUUGUGUCGAAUGACGAUGCGAUGGAGGCGAUGACGCGGGUAGGGAAAGACUCGGGGGAUGUGUCGAUCCGAUUUUUCAAUAGUCUGAUGUCGUACCGACUCGGGGUGGUUGCAGCCAGCUCGCGGAAGCAAGUGGUGGUCCGAGGGAACGGCGAGGUGUGUACGGCCCUCCAGCAGCUGUCGUCGACCGUUGAAGGGUUGAUACCCAAGGGGGCCAAGGAUCUGUCGAAGGCGGAUGGGGAGAUUGGGGAAUUGGUGGAGCAGGAGAUGACGCUGGCGGCGCGUGCGAUCGAAGAGGCGACGAAGAAGCUCGAGAUGCUGAUGUCCCGGCCGAAGAAUGAUCGGCAGAGCGCGAUGGAGGUGCAGGUGCACGAUGCGAUCCUGUCGGCGUCCUUAGCGAUCGCCAAUGCGAUAGCCCGGCUGAUUGCGGCGGCGACGGAGUCCCAGGCGGAGAUCGUGGGGCAGGGCAAAGGAUCGUCUUCUGCGCAGGCGUUCUACAAGCGGAACAACCGCUGGACGGAGGGGCUGAUCAGCGCGGCGAAGCAGGUGGCCUAUUCGACGACGCUUCUGAUCGAGACGGCCGACGGGGUGAUCAGCGGGACGCACAGCCUGGAGCAGCUGAUCGUCGCGUCGAACGAGGUGGCUGGGGCGACCGCCCAGCUAGUCCAGGCCUCGCGCGUCAAGGCCCAGCUCAUGAGUCGCACCCAGGUCAAGCUCGAGGUGGCGGCGAAGGCGGUGACGGAUGCCUGCAAGGCGCUCGUCAAGCAGGUCAAGGCGAUUAGCGCGAGGAGCUUGGAGAUGAAAGACCAGCACGACUAUCAGAAUAUGCCGACUCAUGAGUUCAAGGUUCGAGAGAUGGAGGUGCAGGUGUCGAUCGUUACUCUUGAAAAGGAGCUCACUGAUGCGCGUCGGCGAUUAGGAGAGAUGCGCAAGGCGGGCUACCAUACCGAGGACACGGUCGCCAUCAUCACCCAGCACCAACACCAGCAGAAACAGAAACAGAAACUAGUCUUCUGGUGCUACAUCAACACCCAGCGCAGCCAGCUCAGCCCAUGGAUCUCCCAGCUCGAAGAGCUCCAAGCCGAACACUCGCCCCACCGCUUCGUCCAUCUCAUCGACACCUCCCACUCACACGAACGGGCCAACCCCAAGCCACUGCUCAACGACCUCCUCAAGAUCAUCAACAUCUCGCCCCCACACCGGCUCUAUCUCCUCUCUACCCCCGACCCUGAUCUCUGCACCGCCGGCCUCCAGCUGCUCCAGCUGCACCCCCACUCGCCCAUCCUCGCCUACGUCCCGCCCUUCGGAAGCCCGCUGCCAGACUCGGCUGUCGCCGCAGACCUCCUCUUCCGAUGGGACCAGGACGACUGCCUCCAGCCCGUCGACCCUACUCCCCUGCACCCCCGCCAGCCCGCCCCUCUUCUCGAAGAAUUCAAGCCUCUGAUCUUGCUCUUCAACGCCCAUGCUCAGGCUGCCCUGCCGCUCGGACUCGUCAAGGAUUAUCUCAAGCCAUGGGUCGCCAACCCAUCCACUCCCAACAGCGCUGAUGACGAGGAUGAUCGUGUGGCUGACCAGAAAAUGGCCGAGUACAUCGACGCUGCCGUCGCCCACCGUCUCAUCUCGCUCUCCACCUCCACGCCCAUCGAGGACGAGCAUGAUGGUACAGCCGAGAGCGUGACGAUGGUAGCGCUUCUUGGCGGAUCCCCAAGAGACGAGCGGUCGCCGGAGCGGGCCUGCGGCGACGAAGACAGUCUGACGACGACGGGGAGCGAGCGUGAGACCAAGCCGGCGUCCCCGCGGGCCCUCCCCGCGUCCCAUCAACCACUCGUCGGCGUCGUCGACGCGCAGCCGUGCUCGCAGACGCUCAUCAAGCAUAAGCAUCCCUCCUCCGCCUUGGACCCCGAGCCUGCUUUGGCCGGCGAUCGGGCGCCCAAGAAGACGAGGAAGGCCGCCUCCCUCCGCCGGGCGCGGCCCCGGCUGUCCCCCACCCCCCGGCUGGGACCGGGGCCCGGCUCCCCGCGAAGGAGUCCCGUCAAACGCACCCAUCGGCCCUCUCCCUCGCCCCUGGAGACCUCGCGCCCGGAUCACUCCGGGCCAGUGGGCGAUGACCACGGGGUCCUCGCCGGUCCAUCUCAGCCCGACGGACAUCAGCGGGCUGGAGAAGCAGCGCCCGUCCUGCGACUAGUCCCCAGCCGCGCUGCAAACGGCUCAGACACGCGGGCCUGCUUGUGGAUCCAUUGCUCGUCCGGCCUGGAUAACGGAAAACCAUGCGCAAAGGAUGCAGUGCCGGUUUGCAUCAUCAGUUUAGAUUCGCCAUUGGCUGGUGUUGAAACACAUCACGAAGUUCAACCCCAGCCGAACAAGGAGAUGAAAUGUGAUGGUAGCAAUAGAAAUCCUAAAACACCCGCGACGGACUUCAGAGCCUGUUGCGGCAAAACAGCUAUUCCUGAAGCGAGAAAGAAAAAGACAAACAAAAAGUGGAGGGACUUGUGCGCAGCUCCAGGGGACCCAAUUCCCAACUUCCAGGCAAGGACGCCAACAUCACUGAAACCCGCUCCUAAGCCAAAGGGGAAGUGA